ACACCCGAACGGCUCCUUCACAGCGGAGCAGAACAAGUGCCAGUUACUCAUCUCUGCAAAGAGACAGCAGCAGAAGAGGGGAAAAAGGCAAUUAGAAGGUGGAAAUGGCUCUAUAUCUUUCCUCCUCCCCCAAUCCCCCUGCUGCUGCUGUUGUCACCAUGUACUCUCCCAAUUCCUCCUCCUUUUCUUCCGCUGCUGCUGUCACUAUUGUAUCCAAAUGCACCGUAUAUCCCGACACCAAGUCCACUCUCGGAGACCUCAAGCUCUCCGUUUCCGACCUCCCCAUGCUUUCUUGCCACUACAUCCAGAAGGGCCUUUUCUUCCCCCGGCCCCCCGUCCCCUUCGCUCCCCUCCUCGCCCUCCUCAAGUCCUCUCUCUCCCGCGCCCUCUCCCUCUUCCCCGCCCUCGCCGGCCGCCUCUCCACCCUCCCCGACGGCAUCAUCGUCAUCUCCUGCAAUGACGCUGGAGCGGAAUUCUCCCACGCCGUCGCCCCCUGCCUCACCCUUCCCCUCCUCCUUCCCCCCUCAUCCUUCGACGUUCCGCUGCCCGUCAAGUCCUUGUUCCCCUUCGACGGAGCCGUCAGCUACCAAGGCCACUUCCGGCCCCUUGCCGCCUUCCAGGUCACCGAGCUCGGCGAUGGCGCCGUUUUCAUCGGGUGCGUCGUCAACCAUGCUAUCGUCGACGGCACCUCCUUCUGGAACAUCUUCAAUGUCUGGGCCGAGCUCUGCCGCGGGGGCUCCCCCAAGCCGCCGGACUUCCGCCGGAACUUCUUCGGCGACUCCACCGCGGUGCUCCGUUUCGCGGACGGCGCGGGCCCCGAGGUGACGUUCCCGGUGAAUGCUCCGCUGCGGGAGCGCAUCUUCCACUUCAGCCGGGAAGCAGUUCGAGAUCUCAAAUCGAGGGCCAACCGCCGCGCCCAAGGGGUUUCGACAGGCGUCGACCAGAUCGCCGAAAUCUACGGGAAGCAGAUCCACGACCGGACGAAGGCGGGGACGGAGGAGGAGAUCUCGUCCUUCCAAUCGCUGUGCGCCCAGCUGUGGCGGUCGGUGACGCGGGCGCGGAAGCACCUCCUACCGGAAGCAACGACGACGUUCCGGCUGGCGGUGAACUGCCGGCACCGGGUACUGCCGCGGGUGGACCCGCUGUACUUCGGGAACGCGAUACAGAGCAUCCCGACGGCGGCGGCGGUGGGGGAGGUGGUGGCGAGAGAGCUGUGGUGGGCGGCGGGACUGCUGCACCGGAGCGUGGCGGCGUACGGAGACGAGGCGGUGCGGCGGGUGGUGGCGGAGUGGGAGGGGGCUCCGCGGUGCUUCCCGCUGGGGAACCCGGACGGGGCCGGCAUCACGAUGGGGAGCUCGCACCGGUUUCCGAUGUACGAGGGGAACGACUUCGGGUGGGGGCAGCCCCUGGCGUUGCGGAGUGGGCGGGCGAACAAGUUCGACGGCAAGAUUUCGGCGUUCCCAGGGAGGGAGGGGAGGAGGGAGCGUGGACCUUGAGGUCUGCCUCGCCCCCGACACCAUGGCGGCGCUCCUCCAAGACGACGAGUUCAUGCAAUACGUGUCCCAAGACUACUAGAUCUGCACUUUAACGGUUGGUAGCUCGAGCUAUAACUCAGAAUCCAUCCGCGAGUGGACAGCGAAUCCUACUACUUUCCGGUCGUUUAGUUGAUAAGUUGUGCCCUUCUCCCCUCCAAUAAUAAUAUUUAUAUUUAAAACCAAACUGAAAACGACUUGCGCCCUGCAGCAGUUUGGAUUUUGCAGCCGCCUCCCAGCUUGGAUAAAGAUGAUUGUGUAGGUGGCGGGUAAUUAAUUUAGCUGAAAUUAAUGUUUGGUUGCUGAUUAGAGUCUCAAUCCACCUAGUGGAAUAUGUAUAAUUAUAAUUCUGUAUUGGUUUCUCAAAUAAGUUUUGCUUCCACCUAUUGUAACAAAACCAACGUCAUGUACCAAAAAGAAUGAAAUAUCCAUUCGUGUCCAGAUUAUCAUGUA